CGCUGUCCCUCUGGCACUCGGGCCUGUGCGGCAGCUCAGGUGCCGUGGCCAAGUUGGAGGAGGGCCUGACCUGUUCCAUCUGCCUGGGCAUUUACAGCAACCCUGUGUUCCUCAGCUGUGGGCGCAGCUUCCGCAAGGAGUGCGUCCGGGAAGCGCAUAGCCACCGGCAUUGCGGGCAGGGCCCUUUCAGCUGCCUGCUGUGCCAUGCCCAGGCAGACCCCGCUAUGGAGCUGCAGCCCCAUGUCCAGCUCCGCAGCACUGUACAAAAGUUUUUGGAUGCUCCCACUCAUCAAGAGGAGGAAAAGCAUGAAGUGCAAUGCGAAGAGAAGGGGGAAGGUUUGGGCCAGCAAGACAAGGUGAUGCUGUGUGAUUUCUGCCUUCAGGAGCCCCAGCCAGCCGUCAAGACCUGCCUGAGCUGCAAAGCCUCCCUGUGCCAAGCCCACCUGAGCAAGCACAGCACAAAGAGCCCCCUGAAAGACCAUGUCCUGGUGGAGCCCUGUGAUGCUCGGUUUUUGGCUGAGAGAAGAUGCUCCCAGCAUGGCAAACUGCUGGAGUUCUGCUGCAAGACGGACUCGGUCUGCGUCUGUGUGCUGUGCUGUUGCGCCAGCUCCCACAAGAACCACCAUAUUACCACUUUGGAGGUGGCUGUUGGCCAAGCGCAGGACAGUGGCGUGGGCACGGACUGCACUGGGGAAACCAUGGGGGUCUGCGCCACCGAGAGCUGCCUGCAGCACAGGGAAACUCCCAAGGGAAACUCCCUGCAGCCCAGGGAAACUCCCAAGUUUCAGAUCUGCAGACUCGGGAUGAGGCUACAUCUCCGUCUUGGGAUACUGGGCUUUUAUUCCUAG